AUGUCCGUCAAAGACAGAGUCGCCAUCGUCACCGGCGCCGGCGGCGGUCUCGGCCGCCUCUACGCCCUCCACCUCGCCCAAUCCGGCGCCAAAGUCGUCGUCAACGACUACGGCGGCACCCUCGACGGCCAGCCCGGCGGCAUCGCCCGCGCGCAGGCCGUCGCCGACGAAAUCACCGCGGCGGGCUGCCUGCGCAUCGUCGCCCGCGCCGUCGACACGUGGGGCCGCCUCGACAUCCUCAUCAACAACGCCGGCAUCUCGGGCAAGCCCAGCUCCCACGCCGACCUCGACCCGGAGGCCUUUAUGCGCGUGCUCCAGAUCGGCGUCCUCGGCUCCCAGCUCAUGACGAGCGCCGCGUGGCCCGUCAUGGAGGCCCAGCGCCACGGACGCAUCGUCUACAUUGCCUCGGACGCCAUCUUUGGCUUCGGCGCCGGCGGCGACUGCGCCUACUCCGCCAGCAAGGGCGCGACUUUUGCCCUCGCCCGCGACCUCGGCCGCUUCUCUCCCACCUGCGGCAUCCUCGUCAACGCCAUCCUGCCCUCCGGCGCCUCCCGCAUGGGCGACCUCUCCGAUGCCUCCAAGCAUAUUACUCGCACCUACUUCGACGCAUCCCCGCGCCCUCGUCGUUGCCCUCUGCUCCGACGAGAGACCACGCCCGAGGGAUUCGUCAAGAAUUGGGACAAGGUCAUGGGCGACGCCAAGGAUGUUUAUCUACCAACCAGCACUAUAGACCAUGUGCGAUGUCUUAAGAAGGCCGACUUACAAGAUUCACAUACAUCCUCCAUCCCCGACAGCCCCUGCGAGUCAAAGAAGGCCGCACUCAUCAUCGACGACGGCACGCUCGGCGCUGUCCCGCCGGCGGUCGGUGUCGAUGCGGACGCGCCCAUCAUCAGUCUCGCGUCGCCCCCACGCAUGGCCAUGUGCAUGAAAUCGAGCAUGGGGAUCGCGGACUCAGUCCCCUCGCCAGCGCCAAGCGGCGUGACGUGGUGCCUGAGAUAUUCCGCCCGGGAGGUGGACGUCGUCAUGGAGCCGACGUGUUGUUGA